UCAUGGUCCUUGAGAUCCCUUCCAACCCUGGCCAUUCUGUGAUUCUGUGAUUCUGUGAAAUGCAGAGAUGUGCGGUGACUUUUUGUACCUCAUUUCUAUGCACAAGGCCUUUACACAAUGUCUUCUAUCCUAACUUCACUUCUUGCUAAAACUCUUUACACCUCUCAGGCUCAUGCAGGCAGGCAGGCAGCAUCUUCUCCCCACUGUGUUUGUAUGCUGCAAGAUGCGACUUUGUCUGCUCCCCUCAAAAAGAUUUAGGACGCGCAACACUCCUGUGGCCAACAGAGCCCAAAUGCUGCACACAUUUUAGAAUUAUAAAAUCACAAAACAUCCCAAGUAAGAAGGGACCCACAAGGAUCAAGUCCAACUCCCAGCUCCGUGCAGAAAUACCCAAAAUUCAAACUGUGACUGAGAGCAGUGUCCAAAAGCUCCUUGAGCUCCAGCAGGUUAGAGCCAUGCCCAGUGCUCUCGGCAGCCUGUUCCAGGGUGACAGACUUUUUCCUGACAUUCAACCUUUCUUUUAGACACAACUAAAUCCCAGUGCUCUAACCCAACAACAUGCAUCAUCCUGCUUUUCAUUCUCUCUUAGCAUUUUUCUAGUAGGUAAAAAAAGGUUGAUGCAGUAUUAUACUUACAUACACUUUAAAUUUGAAGCUUCCUAAGGCACAAGUUUUCAAACUUGCAUUCAGUGUUGAUCUAAAGGAAUUCUUCCAACACUAGAGUCAUGUCAUCCCUUACCUGUGCAGCCUUUCAUAGGCAGCUUGUUGGUUUUAGCAUUAGGAGAGAAGCUUGAGAUCCAAUUAUACAUCUAUUUGUUUUGUUUUGAAGUUAUUAUGAACCCUAAUUCUGCCAUACUAGUGACAUUUUAGGGUAGAGAAAUCUGGCCACUUCUAAAUGCCCCAUGUUCUGCUUGUAACACACUGUUGUUCACUCUGGAUAUGCUGAACGUUUUAUUUAGUAUUUCAUAGUGCCUAGCUCAUAAACAGUGAAACAACUAUUUCAGAUCUAAGAUGUAACAGCCUUUUAAUGUAAUUGUGUAGGGGAGAAUGGUUGUGCACCAUUGAUAGCUAGAUUGGAGUUAACCUACAAAAGUAGCUGCAGUUUUUGUUUGUGUCUGUAAAUACUAGCAUGCAUAAGCAGCCUGUAUUUUCCUGAUUGUGUUUGCCCUUAUGCUGUUACAACAGUGUUAAACCCUUUUUAGAUUAUUAUUUUUUUUAAUACGGUGUUGAAAGAAUGGGUGCAAUAGUGUCAUUACACACAAUUACUUGUUUUUCAUACGGAUUUGAUGAGGUCUUUCACAAAGUGCUGCUAUGGGAACUAAGUAGACAUGGAAGGCAUUACUGUGGAUCAGAAAUCUGUUUUCUGUCUCAGAUGAGGAAAGGGACAAAAGGUUUGAGUUUCCUUAAUGAUUAGGAAAAAGAGAGAACCACAGAGGAGGCAGUAUCUGUAGCCAGCACAAAAUUAUCUAGACAAGAAAUGAGAAGCAAAGAACUUAAUUAAACUAGAGGAGCUGGCAGUGUGGUGAAGAUACUAAUCACUGUUGAAAAACAGACGUAACUGUGCAGAGUAGCUUGAGCUGCCUUUUUAUUUUACAUUAUUUAGAUUUUUCUAUGAAGUGAGAAAGAGCCUGGGCAGUUCUGUAAUCUGCGAGAACUACUGAGGGCUCUGUGGUGCUAAUCUAAAAAGGAAAUGGUCUGAGUAAGGGUAAGAUGGCAAAUACAUUGUAAUGCUGCUAAGCUAAUCAGUGCUGAAAUUCUGCUCCAGUCUGUAUUUGGUCAUGGUUACUGUGUCUCAAAAGCAAAUAUCAGAGUGAGAGUUUGGUGAAGAAAUUAUCUGUAUGUAGAAAACCUAAUUGGAGGAGAAUGAUGUCAGGAGAUGAGAAGAAUGAUAAAAUAUGCAUGGGAAAUAUUGAAGAAUGUAGGCAAGUUAAUGUUUUGUUACCUUUUCCCCAUAAUAACGAGGCUGUAAAGAAGUUUGACCUUUAGCUAUAUUACCUAAGUGACCUCAUGUUCAAGAGUAGUACUGUUUCUGUUUUUGUUUUUGUUUUCCUUCCAAAGGGCAAUAUCAGCAGGUAAAUGUUCCUGAAGAUCAAGCAGACAAAUUGCUCCUUGCAAGCUGGGGUCUUCCUAAGGCAGUCUUGGAGAAAUAUCACAGUCUGGGAGUAGUACAGAUGUUUGAAUGGCAAGCAGAGUGCCUAAUGCUCGGACAAGUUCUGGAAGGGAAGAACCUGGUUUACUCAGCUCCUACCAGUGCUGGAAAGACUCUUGUUGCAGAAUUGCUCAUUUUGAAGCGAGUCUUAGAGACUCGUAAGAAAGCUCUUUUCAUCCUUCCCUUUGUCUCUGUGGCCAAAGAGAAGAAAUUCUAUCUGCAGGCCCUAUUUCAGGAGGUGGAUGUGAGAGUUGAAGGCUACAUGGGAAGCAUCUCUCCUGCUGGACGUUUCUCCUCGCUGGAUGUUGCUGUCUGCACCAUUGAGAAAGCCAAUGGUCUAAUCAAUAGGCUAAUAGAAGAAAACCAAAUGGACUCACUGGGAGUGGUGGUUGUGGAUGAGUUGCAUAUGCUUGGAGACUCUCAUCGAGGAUAUCUGUUGGAACUCCUUCUGACCAAAGUUCGAUACAUUACAGAGAAAGCUGCAAAAAGAAAGGCAAAGAUGACGAGUCCUGGUUUUGGAGGAAUACAGGUAGUAGGCAUGAGUGCUACCCUCCCUAACUUGGGACUCCUAGCCUCAUGGUUAGAUGCGGAAUUGUACUGUACAGAUUUUCGCCCUGUGCCCCUCAAGGAGUGGGUGAAAAUUGGCAACAACAUUUACGACUCUUCCAUGAAUUUGGUGCGAGAAUUCCAGCCCAAACUUCAACUGAAGGGAGAUGAAGACCAUGUUGUGAGCCUGUGCUACGAGACUGUUUGUGAUGGCCAUUCAGUCCUGCUUUUCUGUCCAUCCAAGAAUUGGUGUGAGAAGCUGGCAGACACCAUUGCCAGGGAAUUCUACAGUUUGCAACAGGCGGAAAGUUCUUCAAAAAACUCAUCCCUUUCCCCAGUUGCUGUGGACAGAGAAGGUAUAGAUGAGGUCCUGGAUCAGCUAAGGCGCUCUCUCUCUGGUCUGGACUCUGUGCUCCAACGUACCUUACCAUGGGGAGUGGCAUUUCAUCAUGCAGGUCUUACAUUUGAUGAACGGGACAUCAUUGAAGGAGCCUUUCGCCGAGGCAUGAUUAGAGUUCUAGCAGCAACAUCCACACUCUCCUCUGGAGUGAAUUUGCCUGCACGCAGAGUAAUUAUACGAACUCCUAUGUUUGGUGGCACACUGCUGGAUGUUCUCACUUAUAAACAGAUGGCUGGAAGGGCUGGCAGGAAAGGAGUAGACACAGAGGGUGAGAGCAUUUUGGUUUGCAAGCCAUCAGAAAGAUCAAAAGGAACUGCUCUACUUCAGGGAUCUCUCAAGCCUGUUUGCAGUUGUUUGCUUAGAAGAGAAGGGGAAGGUGUUGCUUCUAGCAUGAAAAGAGCAAUACUUGAGAUCAUUGUGAGUGGAGUUGCCAGCACUCCAGAUGAUGUGCAGACCUAUGCCUCUUGCACUCUUCUUGCAUUCAGCUUGAAAGAGAACAAACAAGAAAAUGAGAAAGAACAAGACAAAGUGCAGAAAGGACCUAUUGAAGCUUGUAUAGCAUGGCUGCUGGAGAAUGAAUUCAUUCAGAUUCUGGAAUGCUCCAGUGACAAGAAAGCAAAGAUUUUUCACCCGACACAUCUUGGCUCUGCUACUCUUUCAUCUUCUCUUUCACCAACGGAAGCAAUGGAAAUUUUUUCUGACCUACAGCGAGCUAUGAAAAGCUUUGUUUUGGAGAAUGAUCUGCAUAUUGUCUAUCUGGUCACCCCGGUGUAUGAGGAUUGGACCACAAUUGAUUGGUAUCAGUUUUUCUGCUUAUGGGAGAAGCUGCCUGCCUCAAUGAAGCGUGUGGCUGAGCUGGUGGGGAUUGAAGAAGGCUUUCUGGCUCGCUCUGUAAAAGGCAAAAUUACAGCUAAAACAGAAAAACAGUACAGGCAAAUGGCCAUCCACAAAAGAUUUUUCACCAGUCUUGCCCUCCUGGAUUUGAUCAGUGAAGUUCCCUUAAAAGAUAUGACGAAGAAGUAUGGUUGUAGUCGUGGCCAACUUCAGUCCUUACAGCAGUCUGCUGCCACCUAUGCAGGCAUGGUAACAGUUUUCUGUAAUCGACUGGGUUGGCACAACAUGGAAGUGUUGCUCUCCCAGUUCCAGAGUCGCCUCACUUUUGGGGUUCACAGGGAGCUUUGUGACCUGGUACGAAUCUCUCUGCUGAAUGCACAGCGUGCAAGGAUGCUUUACAAUGCUGGCUUUGUCACAGUUGCUGAACUUGCUAAAGCCAGUCCUGGUGAUGUGGCAACUGCUCUGAAGAAUUCAGUACCAUUCAAAAGUGGUCGCAGGGCUGUGGAUGAAGAUGAAGAAUCAGUAGAGGAGCGUCGGACUGUGCGCAGCUUCUGGAUGGCCGGAAUGAAGGGCUUAACAGAAAGUGAAGCUGCUUCCCUCAUUGUGGAGGAAGCCAGGGAACUUCUUCAGCAGGACUUGGCAGCGAUGGGAGUGCAGUGGAACCCAGAGUCUUUUCUUGAGGCAUCGUCUAUGAUCAGCAGUGAGUCAGAGAUGGAAGACAGACUACAUAAGCCAGUUGAAGAGCUACCUUCUGAAUCUUCUGUGAUGUUAAACGAAAAAGAGUGCGGAGUUCAGAAUCAUAAGGGCCUUGGCUCUCAGGCUGGAAACCUAUCAGAUAUUAAAAAGGGAUAUAAAGGGCGGCUAAGCAAUAGUACAGCAUGCUCUAGAUUUGAGAGUGAAGUCACAUACAAGAAACAGGCUCAAGCAGAUGAAAGAAAUGGUGAUACUGCACACAGUGCUAGAAAAUGGCCCAAUAUGAGCAGAGACAAUGAAAAUGUGGAAGGAAUUAUUAGGGUCAAAAACAAGGCAGAUUCCGAAAAAGUAAGUCCAGAACUCCAUACUGAGCAAGGAAAGACACCAACAUUAGCAAAAAUGUCUUCAGCCUCUAGAUUGCUAAGAAGUGAGGACACACAUUUAAACCGGAGUAGGAACAAAAACAUUUCUUCAAAACUGCAGAAGUCACUGCUUGAAGAUUCACGUAUGGUUAUCAUGGACAUUAAAAAACCAUCUGCUUUCCUCUCCAGCAUUUCUAAAGAUAACUUAUUUUCAGACCAAAACAAUCAGGAAUGUCCAGAAAAAGUGUCUGUAACUCAAAAGGUUUCAAAUUCUGUACAAAAGAGGGAAAAUAAUGUAGGGAGAAAAGAUAAAUUGGAGAGUUUAUUUACAGAACUUUCUAACUCCAAUGAAGGCAUGCCUAUGGAGAGAGCAGGUUUUCAGGCAACUGUUACACUACAGAGUAUUCCACACAUCAACAAGGAGACACAUGAUACGGUAGAAAGUAAAGUAAUACCUUCUAGGGCUAGAAUACAGAGAAAUAAAACUACUGCUGAUAAGUACAAUAAAAUCAAUAAAAUGCAAACAGAUGUGAGCUCUGCUGAGUUGAAGGUUGAUAAGCAGCAUACUGCUUUAGAUGCAGGUGAUUGUAAUGUAAACACUAACUGCUCUGUAAAUGUAUGUGUCCAUGAUGACAAUAGGAAACAGAAGUCUGUGUACUUUCGUCCCGGUGGUGAUAAAUUCUACCAUGCUCAGAUCCAGAAUGGUGGUAUAAAUGGGAACAAAAUACCCAAUGGAAAAUUGUUACAAGCUGGAGCACUACAAAAAAGCUACAGUCAUCCUAAGGAUUUUAUGAAAGACUCUCUAGUAAAAUCCAGAGCUAUUUUUGAUGCAGAUGAUGUUCAGAAUUGUCCAUCCUCUGGUUUGAUUUGUGUCUCUACAGACUUUGAAGAUAGCUUCCAGUUGGAUACUCAGACAGAGAGGAUAAUAAAACAGGAGGCAGUAGCCGAAAUCACGCGACAGCAGGGAAUACAGGAUUCAGAAUUGGCAGUAGUACCUCAGCAGGAAAUCUCCAUGAAACUAAGCACUUUGCAGUCUGGGAAUGCUACUGGGGAAAGGCUAGAUGCAACAGUAAGGAAACUAGGCUUAUCAAGUAUUAUCACAACAAAUAAUGUUGUAAAAAACACAGAUCAGCACUGCAGUAACAAAAUUUUGGAGUCUGAAGACCUUAAUGUACAGCCUGUAGCAAAAGAAAUAGAAUCUGCACCUGUCCUUAAAGGAAGUGACUACUCAGUGACUGAUUCUCAGCUAAACAGUUUUCUACAGUAUUAUCAGACCCAAAAUUCAGUGAAAGGGGAGAGUGUUUCUAAAGGUCCCAAUAAAGCAACUUGCCCUCUUGAUAGGGAGCACUUUGUAGAAGAAGAAUACCAUCCUGUCACGGAAACAAGCCUGAAUAUAAGUGAUGGCUUGUUGUUUGAUGAUAGUUUCAGUAAUGUCAGUGAUCUCUCAGCUGUGAACGUCAUGGAAGCUGACAGAAAGGAACCUGAGGGGAGGCAGGGAGCUUUGCUUCCUGCAGGUGGUCUUUUGCAGAACCUAAGGCCUGUUCAGAAUAAGUCUGAUGCCAGUGACAAUCAGAGGGAGCAUGAGGAUCCAGUACAGAAUAAUGAUACAUCUCUAGUAUUCUCUGAUCUCAUAGCUGAAGUUUUAGAUCAUGGAAACUCCCCAGCUUUUUUGGGAGAUUUUCCUUGUACACCUCAUGGUCAGUCUAAAUUAAGAAACAUGGUGAUGUGUGAAAAUGAUUCCAAUCCAAAGGAUUUAGAAGUGGAUUGUGGUAAAAAGCUCCAGUGUAGCCAGCAAAUAUUAGAUAAGAAAAGCCAUCCAUUAGUGUGGACUGACCACUCAUUUGAACUGAGUCCAGGACUUCAGGAUAUAUUAGACAAAUGGCCUAGUCCUUCAGGCACUGAACUUGUUCAAGUAAAUGUAAGAAGCUCCUGUCUGAAAGGAAAUUUAGUUGCUUCAAUUGCUAAUCAAAAGCCAGAUGCAAUUUUUGAAUUUGAACAUCAUCAGCUAGAGCCUUUGCCCAAUUGUCAGGAUUUAAAAGACCACUGCAAAGUUAAAGAAAACAAAACAGAAGACUUGGAUAUUCAGAGGUCAGACUGUGUAACACUUAUGCUCAGGGGAAGCAAUAGGACAUCCUGUCCUCCACCAGAUAAUUGUAAUGGAUUUAUUCCUCCAACACCCCCCAAAGAACUUUUUCCAAAAAGUUCUGUAUCUUUCUCUUUGAAUUCUGCAAGGAAGAGACAGGUUGCCAGCAUGAAUGAAGAGCAACUUGUUCUGCCACAGCACAAUUGCAAGAGUGAUGCGGAGCAGCAGGUAGUUGAGAUGGUAGCCUCAACUGAGGCUGAUGAGAUAAGAGAUGAUUCCACUAUAGACAAAGACUUUUCACUGCAGCUGUCUCAGGAUGUUUUUCCAUUCACUCCCUCAAAUGCUGAAGGGUUCACUAUUGUUGAUGUAGCAGGUGACAAAACACUUUUCCAGACUUUUCUUGCAGAAUGGAAGGAGAAAAGUAGAUUCUCCAUCUCAGUGGCAUGUGAGAGAAGAAAGUGUCUUUUGUCAACCAAAUCAACAAUUGGUGGCAGAUUCAAACAAGGAAAUUCUCCCCAGUGGAUGCAGGUCAACGAUGAUGGAUUUCCUGUCCAACACUGUGAAGACAUCUUGGUAGUUGGACUGGCAGUCUGUUGGGGUGGAAAAGAUGCCUACUAUAUAUCUUUGCAGCAGAUUCAAGACCAGACUGAAAUCAGUCCGAGUUUGGCACCACCACCUUUGGACAAAAACCUAUCUGUAACAGAGAGACUGCAUCAUCUGCAGCUGUACCUGCAGGAGAAGCACAAGCGCUCACUUGUCAUGUAUAACUUCAUUCAGCACUACAAGACCCUACUGCUGGCUUGUGGCAUCUCCUUGGAAGGAAGUUUUGAGGACCCAAAGGUUGCUUGUUGGCUGCUUGAUUCUGGCUCUAAGGAACGUACCCUUCACAACAUGGUGUCUAACUUUCUACCCAGUGAGCUACCUUUGCUGGAAGGGAUAAGCACUGGUCAGGGGGUGCAGAGCCUGGGGCUUAGCUCCAGUGAAGAUCAUUCUGGGCGGUACAGAGCAGCAAUAGAGUCUGUACUCAUCUUCAAUGUCAUGAACCAACUCCAUAGUGAACUACAGAAGGAAAAUCUGACAGAUGUGUUUUCUAAAGUGGAGAUGCCCAACCAUUAUUGCUUGGCUCUGCUGGAGCUGAAUGGCAUUGGGUUUAGCACAGCAGCAUAUGAAACCCAGAAACAGGUCAUGCAAGCUAAGCUAGCUGAGAUUGAGACCAAGGCUUAUCAACUGGCAGGCCACAGUUUCUCCUUGUCCAGCCCUGAUGACAUUGCAGAGGUUUUGUUCCUAGAGUUGAAAUUGCCACAGAAUGGAGAUGUGAAAGCUCAAGGGAACAAGAAAACUCUGGGUUACACCAGAAGAACAACUAUUAAAGGAAACUGGGUUAGGUUGAGCAAGCAGUUCAGUACGACCAAGGAUGUUUUGGAGAAAAUAAAGACACUUCACCCACUGCCAGGACUCAUACUGGAGUGGAGAAGAAUCAACAAUGCCAUUUCUAAAGUGGUGUUUCCACUACAGAGGGAAAAACGAUUCAGUUCUGCUCUAGGAAUGGAAAGGAUCUAUCCAGUGUCACAGACUCACACAGCUACAGGUCGAGUAAGUUUUGCAGAGCCAAAUAUCCAGAAUGUGCCAAGAGAUUUUGAGAUUGAAAUGCCGAUUGUAGUUGAAGAAAGCCCACCCUUCAGAACCCAUGGAGGAGUUUAUUCUCGUGCUGUUUCCAGGGUCAGAGGUAGAAAGCAUUCCAGUGUUUUGCCUAAUGGUGUAAAUACUUGGGCUGAAGACAGAGUUGAAGGAAGAGGAAUUCCAUUUUCUGUUAGCAUGCGGCAUGCCUUUGUUCCCUUCCCAGGUGGUUUUAUCUUGGCUGCUGAUUAUUGUCAACUUGAACUGAGGAUCCUUGCACAUUUGUCUCGUGACUGCCGACUCACUGAAGCCUUGAACAGGGGUACCGACGUCUUUAAGAGCAUCGCAGCAGAAUGGAAGAUGAUUGAUUCUGAAGCUGUUGGAGACAGCACCAGGCAACAAGCUAAGCAGAUUUGCUAUGGAAUCAUCUAUGGAAUAGGAGCAAAAUCUUUAGGCGAGCAGAUGGGCAUUGAUGACAAUGAAGCUGCCAAUUACAUCGAAUCCUUCAAAUCAAGAUACACAGGUAUUCAGAAAUUCUUGCAGGAGACAGUAAGGAACUGCAGAAGAGAUGGGUUUGUGCAGACCAUACUGGGAAGACGGAGAUACCUACCAGCUAUCAGAGAUUCAAAUCCCUACAGUAAAGCUCAUGCAGAGCGCCAGGCUGUGAACACAACUGUUCAGGGAUCUGCUGCUGACAUUGUCAAAACAGCCACUGUGAACAUUCAGAAACGCUUGGAAGCUCUCUCUUCUGUGACCAAGUCCCAUGGACAUCGGGAGAACUCAUUGCAAAGAGAUAAGACAGGAAGGCUGUCAAGGAAGAGAAACAGAGAGAUGUUGCAUCCCAUCAGUGGAGGUUUCUUUAUCCUUCAGCUCCAUGAUGAGCUCCUCUAUGAAGUUGCAGAAGAUGAUGUGAUCCAGGUAGCUCAGAUUGUCAAGCAUGAGAUGGAAAAUGCUGUCAAACUCUCUGUAAAACUGAAUGUUAAAGUGAAAAUUGGACCUAGUUGGGGAGACCUGCAGGACCUGGAGCUGUAAAUGUGAAACAUGGCUUUCUUGUUUUUGGAAGACACCAUGAGCUGCUUGGGGCAACGCCUAGCACACCAACAGGCAGCAGCAGGCCUCCUGCUUGUGUUUCUGUGGUCUGAACCAUCUUCAGAACUGGGAUGUGAAAGCUGUGAAUUUAACAUUCUGAGCCUUCCAAAGGUCAGAUGGUGCUGAGACAUGUUUAUGGAACUGUGGAAAUUAUUAAUUGCUAAAAGCACAGUAUUUAAGCUAAUUGUUCUUGUAAUUUAAAACAAAGCCUAAUGAAUUUACUGCAUAUGAAAUGAACUAGAUUAUUUAAUUAAAACAAAGAUUAUUUGGAAGUUUUUAUGUGUAACUGUAUACAGGACAAAAAAAUAAAAUAUCAC